AUGACAGAAGAGCACAUCUCAGAAUCUCAGGACCUGUUGACCUGCUUGGUGUGUCUGGAUACACUUAAAGACCCAGUUACUACUCCAUGUGGACACAAUUAUUGCAUGGAUUGUAUUACAGGCUGCUGGGAUCAGACUGAAGAGUACAGCUGCCCUCAAUGCAGAGAAACCUUUACGCCCAGACCAAUUCUGUGCAGGAACACAGUGCUUUCUGAAGUUGUACAGAAAUUAAAGUUCAGGAUACCUCCACCAAUGCCUCAGAACUAUAUUGGGCCAGGAGAUGUAGGAUGUGAUGUUUGUAUUGGAAGAAAAUUUAGAGCUGUGAAGUCUUGUCUAACAUGCCUGGUUUCUUUCUGUGAGACCCAUAUCCAACCACACUAUGAAGGAGCUGCUUGGAAGACUCAUAAACUGGUGGGUCCAACUGGAAAUCUGUUGCAGAAAUUGUGUCCCAAGCAUCAGAGAGGUCUGGAGGUGUUCUGCAAAACAGAUCAGACAUGCAUCUGCUUGCUGUGUGUCGCAACUGGACAUCGGAGUCAUGAAACUGUGGAGCUUGAGGUUGAAAGAGCUGAGAAACAGGGAAAGCUGAUAGAGAUAUUGGCUGAGAUCCGCGGGAGAAUCCAGGAAACACAGAAGAAUCUGGAGGAGGCAAAACAGAAUGUCAAACUUGUCAAGAUCUCUGCUGAGAGGGAAGUGAAAGAAGUUGAGAAGAGCCUUGCAGACUUGAUCCACUCUAUUGAAGAGACCCGCAGAAGACUGACUGGACUAAUCAGAGACCAGGAGAAGAGUGAAGUGAAAAAGGCAGACGGGCUCGUGGAGCAAUUGCACAAGCAAAUGGAGGAGCUGAAAAGGAAAGAUGAAGAACUUUCCGAGCUUUCCAAGGCAGAAGAUCACAUCCACUUCCUGCAGACUUUUCCAUCUUUCUGUAUUCCUCCUGGAGACGGAAACUCUUUAAUUAUUGAUGUUAGCACAGACUUCUCAUCUGAGGAUCUGAGGAAGGAGUUGACUUGCUUGAAAGUGCGACUAGAAGAGAUCAGUCAAAAAGAAUUUGAUAAAAUCAGCCACACAGGUGGUGUGACCACUUACUGUGAUGCACCACACCCUAUUCAGAAAAUUCCAGAGCCAAGCAGUAGAGACGACUUUUUACACUACUCAUGUCGACUAACUUUGGACCCGAACACUGCACACACACAUCUCAGUCUGUGUGAGGGAAAUAGGAAGGUGACCUGGAUGGAAGAGUUACGCCCCUGUCUUGAUCACCCUGACAGGUUUGACUUUUGGCACCAGGUUCUCUGUGCUGAAAGCUUAUCAGGGACCCGCUGCUACUGGGAGGUGGAAUGGCGAGGUGGAGCAUGGAUAGGUGUCACCUAUAAAGGCAUUUACAGAAAAGGAAGGGAUCUUGUGUGUCUUAUUGGAUGGAAUGACAAGUCAUGGAGUCUCCUGUGCUCUGGUUCAAGUUAUAUUGUGUGGCAUAACAACAAGAAGACUAAGAUAUCUGCCCCUCGCUGCCCACGGAUUGGAGUGUAUCUAGACUACUCUGCUGGUUCUCUCUCUUUUUACACAGUCUCACACACAAUGAGCCUCUUGCAUAGGUUCAAGGCUUCCUUCACUGAACCUCUCUAUCCCGGGUUUGGCCUUCACCCUUACCUUGACUCUAGUGUAACAAUCUGCCCAAUAAGCCAGGGCAUCCAGUGA